AUGACGGUUGAGUUCGAGGAGUGCAUCAAGGACUCGCCGCGCUUCAGGGCGACCAUUGAUGAGGUGGAGACUGAUGUGGUUGAGAUAGAAGUCAAGUUGGACAAGCUGGUCAGGCUCUGCAGUGGCAUGAUCGAGGCCGGUAAGGCCUAUAUCACCACCAACAGGCUCUUCCUGGGCGGCGUCCGAGACCUGUCCCGGCAGUGCCAGGGCGACAGUGUCAUCUCGGAAUGUCUGCAGAGGUUUGGAGAUAGCCUGCAAGAGAUGGUUAACUACCACAUGAUCCUGUUUGACCAGGCCCAGAGGUCCGUGCGGCAACAGCUCCACAACUUCAUCAAAGAGGAUGUGCGAAAGUUCAAGGAGACCAAGAAGCAGUUUGACAAGGUGCGUGAAGACAUGGAGCUGUCCUUGGCGAGGAAUGCCCAGGCACCUCGGCAUCGGCCCCAUGAGGUAGAGGAAGCCACAGGAGCCCUGACCCUCACUCGAAAGUGCUUCCGACACCUAGCGCUGGAUUACGUACUACAGAUCAAUGUUCUCCAGGCCAAGAAGAAGUUUGAGAUCUUGGAUUCUAUGCUGUCAUUCAUGCAUGCCCAGUACAGCUUCUUCCAGCAAGGUUAUAGCCUUCUACACCAGCUGGACCCCUACAUGAAGAAGCUGGCGGCCGAGCUGGACCAGCUGGUGAUUGACUCGGCUGUGGAGAAGCGGGAGAUGGAGCGAAAGCAUGCUGCUAUCCAGCAGAGGACGCUGCUUCAGGACUUCUCCUACGAUGAGUCCAAGGCAGAGUUUGACGUGGAUGCGCCCAGCGGUGUGGUGAUGGAAGGCUACCUCUUCAAGAGGGCCAGCAAUGCCUUCAAGACCUGGAAUCGACGCUGGUUCUCCAUUCAGAACAGCCAGCUGGUCUACCAGAAGAAACUGAAGGAUGUGCUGACCGUGGUGGUGGACGACCUCCGUCUAUGCUCUGUGAAGCCCUGCGAGGAAAUCGAGCGCAGGUUCUGCUUCGAGGUCGUGUCACCCACCAAGAGCUGCAUGCUACAGGCUGACUCAGAGAAGCUCCGGCAGGCCUGGGUUCAAGCUGUACAGGCUAGCAUCGCCUCCGCCUACCGGGAGAGCCCAGACAGCUGCUACAGUGAGAGGCUAGACCGCACUGCAUCUCCGUCCACGAGCAGCAUUGAUUCCACCUCAGAUUCCAGGGAGCGCAGCACCAAGGCUGAGAGUACCUUGCAGCGGGUGCAGAAUGUUGCUGGCAACAGCCAAUGUGGUGACUGUGGCCAGUUGGAUCCCCGCUGGGCCAGCAUCAACCUGGGUGUGCUGCUCUGUAUAGAGUGCUCGGGCAUCCACAGGAGCCUGGGUGUUCAUUGUUCCAAGGUGCGGUCCCUGACACUGGACUCAUGGGAGCCAGAGCUUCUGAAGCUGAUGUGUGAGCUUGGAAACAGUACUGUGAACCAGAUCUAUGAGGCCCAGUGUGAAGGACUGGGUAGCAGGAAGCCCACGGCCAGCAGCCCCAGGCAGGACAAGGAGGCCUGGAUCAAGGACAAAUACGUGGAGAAGAAGUUCCUGCGGAAGCUGCCAGCAGCGCCAGACCAGGAGGCACCAGCUGACAGGGAGUCAGGUCCCCGGCGCUGGCAGGCAAAGAAAUGCCAGCGGCACCACAGCUCCCCCCGGGCCCCUACCACACACCGCCGCAAAGUCCGGCUCGAGCCCGCCCUGCCCUCCAUCGUAGCCCUAUCCUCAGCCAGCACUUUGGAACGCAAGUUCCGUCGGGAUUCCCUCUUCUGCCCGGAUGAGCUGGAUUCUCUCUUCUCCUACUUCGAUACAGGUGCUGCUGGGGCGGGUCCACGCAGUCUGAGCAGUGACAGUGGCCUGGGUGGGAGCUCAGACGGCAGCUCGGACGUACUGGCCUUCGGCGCUGGCUCAGUGGUGGACAGUGUCACAGAAGAAGGCGGGGAGUCAGAGGCAUCCAGCGGUGAGGCGGAUGGGGAGGCUGAAGCCUGGGGCUUGGCGGAUGUGCGGGAGUUGCACCCAGGACUCCUAGCACACCGAGCUGCUCGAACCCGUGACCUUCCCGCGCUGGCCGCGGCGCUGGCCCACGGGGCUGAGGUCAACUGGGCCGACUCAGAGGACGAAGGCAAGACACCACUGGUUCAGGCUGUGCUAGGGGGCUCCUUGAUCGUCUGUGAAUUCCUUCUGCAAAAUGGAGCGGAUGUGAACCAAAGAGACAGCCGAGGGAGAGCGCCUCUACACCAUGCCACGAUCCUGGGCCGUACAGGCCAGGUUUGCCUGUUCUUAAAGCGUGGGGCCGAUCAGCAUGCCCUGGACCACGACCAGCAGGACCCGUUGAGCAUUGCAGUGCAGGCGGCCAACGCAGACAUUGUCACCUUGCUCCGUCUGGCACGCAUGACUGAGGAGAUGCGUGAGGCUGAGGCACUGCCAGGCCAGCCAGGCCCUCUGACAGGUAGCAGCCCUACCGAACUCCAGUACCGUAGAUGCAUCCAGGAGUUCAUCGGCCUGCACCUGGAGGAGAGCUAG